CAUCUCUCCCUUUCUCUAUGGCCAAGCGAUCCAAACCCCAAACCCAGAUUCCCGAAAACCCCUCAACUUCCUCCAAAAUCCCGUUCCGACCCCAAAAAAUCCUAAAACUCACCACCACCACCAAACUGACCAUCCAAACUUCCCCGGAAAUCCCCAAAAUCCUAAACCCAUUAACCUCCAAUUCCGAAAUUACCCUCGCCCUAAAUCACUUACGGAGCUCCGACCCGAAACUUGCGUCCCUGAUCGACUCCUACACCCCGCCGUCCUUCGAUUCCGACCGCCCGCCGUUCCAAUCCCUCGCGCGAAGCAUUCUCUACCAGCAGCUCGCCACCAAGGCCGCCCAGUCGAUCUACACGCGCUUCGUCACGCUCUGCGGCGGCGAGUCGUCGAUUCUCCCCAAAACUCUCCUCAAUCUCUCCCCCCAGAGUCUCCGGCAAAUCGGAGUUUCGGGCCGGAAGGCGUCUUAUCUCCAUGACUUGGCGGAGAAGUUUAGUGAUGGGACUUUGUCGGAUUCGGGGAUUAAGGAAAUAGACGACGAGUCGUUGCUGACGAUGCUGACGGUGGUGAAGGGGAUUGGGGCGUGGUCGGUGCAUAUGUUCAUGAUAUUUUCGCUUAAACGACCUGACGUUCUUCCGGUGGGGGAUUUGGGUGUGAGGAAAGGAGUCAAGAUGUUGUAUGGGUUGAAGGAGUUGCCUAAGCCUUUGGAGAUGGAAGAGCUUUGUGAGAAGUGGAAACCUUAUAGGUCUGUUGGGUCUUGGUACAUGUGGAGGUACAUUGAAGCCAAGGGGGUCUUGUAGCCCUCCAAUUUGGUAGGUAGUCUCUAUGAAUCACACAAGCUUUUACAAUGUUGUUGAGAUUUUUUGGCUGUGUGUUUAGUUCUACUGAAAGUUUGAACUCGUCGAUUCUAAUGGUACUAGUUUGUUCUUAAUGGUCAAAAUUAUUGUUCAGUAAACUUGUGUAAGUAUAUGCAGGUUGAAGAUUGCAGUUAGACUUGAGUAACUUUCUUAUGGAAUAUGUUUGUUUGAUAUCGUAUUAGGUAAUUAUAGAAGUAAGCAUAAGCAUCAUAAAUGAAAUGCCAGUUGUGGAUUUGCGACC